CGGAGGUGCACGCCCACUUCCGGGUUUGGUGGAUGAUUGACAGGAGCGUGCUGCAGGUCACAUUACAUUAUGCAGACUGCUAGAGCCAUGGCCAAAUUUAAAGUGGCCUUAGUGCAGCUCCUGGUGUCGCCGGUGAAAUCCGAUAACCUGAAAAGAGCAUCUGAGCUGAUAAAACGGGCUGCACAGCAAGGCGCGCAGAUCGUGGCCCUGCCCGAGUGCUUCAAUUCUCCUUAUGGUACCAAAUUCUUUCCUGAGUAUGCCGAGAAGAUCCCUGGGCCGUCCACGCAGGUGUUAUCAGACGUGGCCAAGGAAUGUGGGAUCUAUCUAAUCGGAGGUUCAAUUCCAGAAGAGGAUUCUGGGAAAUUGUACAACACUUGUACAGUUUAUGGCCCAGAUGGUACAUUACUGGUAAAGCACAGGAAGAUCCACCUGUUUAAUAUUGACAUUCCAGGGAAAAUUCGUUUCCAGGAGUCAGAAACACUCAGUCCUGGAGACAGUCUCUCUGUGUUUGAUACACCCUUUUGCAAAAUUGGAGUAGGCAUCUGCUAUGACAUCAGGUUUGCAGAACUGGCCCAAAUCUAUACCAAGAAAGGGUGUCAGUUGUUGGUGUACCCAGGGGCGUUUAAUAUGACGACUGGUCCAGCACAUUGGGAAUUACUACAAAGAGCUCGGGCUUUAGAUAACCAAGUCUAUGUGGCCACUGCGUCACCCGCUAGAGAUGAUAAAGCCUCCUAUGUGGCUUGGGGACACAGCACCGUGGUCAGCCCAUGGGGAGAGGUCAUUGCAAAGGCUGAAGCAGAUGAGACAAUCAUUUUUGCAGACAUUGAUUUGCAGUACCUGGCGGAUGUUCGUCAGCAAAUACCUAUUCACUCACAACGCCGCCAUGAUCUCUACAGUGUGGAAGAACAGAAGUGACCCACAGCAAGCUAUUAUCCCUGAUGGAAGCUCACAUUGUCAUGCCGAGAAUCACAAGGAAGAUUAAUUGUUUCUGAACUGAAGGGUAGAUUUUCCUGUCACUGGUGUAAAUUAAUGGGACAUUCACAUGGUUAAAUUUUUCCUUCCGCGUAAGGCUACCUGCA